AUGACUGCAGGGCCUGCGUUGUUGCAGUCAACAACAGGAACCCCGUUCGCUGAUCGCAAGGGGAGUUCGCCACCAAGCAGUGGUGGUGGACACCAAGUAUCCUCCUCUCGUACUCUUACUCCGUCACUCCUAUUUCUCUACUGCUGUUCCACUCCUAAUGCCACCGCCACCGCUACUGUCACUUCGGCUGCACUAGCAGUGUGGAAAUGA